AUGGCUUUUUACGACGAUCACGGGGGCGAAUCCCAGCAUUUCGGGAGACCAGGGAAAUUCGAUGGCGGAGUCGCGGGACCACGAAGACCAAGACUUGUGACCGAUUACGGUUCGUCGCUGGUACAAUGGAUGCGCACCCGAAAGCCCCGGUACAAGGGAGGGCAUGGAAUGGAGGUUGAGAGACCAAGUGCAAGCUAUGUUGUUGAUAUGCUCCCUCCCAUGGCACGAGUCCAUUCACCUGCAGAUACAAUCCCCGUACGGCACUUACAUCAGUCGAUCGGAAAGUCGAAGAAACCAAUCACGGUUGUGAGAUGGACGCCGGAAGGCAGACGAUUAUUGACGGGUGGACAUACUGGUGAAUUCAUGUUGUGGAACGGAACCGCAUUCAACUUCGAAACGGUUAUGGACGCACAUUAUGACCAAAUUCAAGCAGGAGUUACGUCACUAUCGUGGUCUCACAGUCAGGACUGGCUGAUUUCUGGUGGGCAAAGGGGCGAUAUCAAAUACUGGCGGCUAAAUUUUAACAACGUCGAGACAAUGGAUGAUGCGCAUCAUGACGCGGUUCGCGAUCUGUCGUGGUCUCCUAGCGAUUCGAAGUUCGCAUCGGCCUCCGACGAUACGACAUUGAAAAUUUGGGACUUCACGGCCAUGGCCUGCGACACUACAUUAACGGGUCACAACUGGGAUGUUAAGUCGUGCGAUUGGCAUCCGACAAAGGGACUGUUGGUUUCGGGGUCCAAGGAUCACCAGGUCAAGUUCUGGGAUCCUCGGACCGCGCGGUGCCUGACUACGCUUCACAGCCAUAAGAACACAGUGACGGCCACUCGAUUUUCGCGCGUAAACAGCAAUCUUCUCGCUACCUCAUCGCGCGACCAGACCGCAAGGAUCUUUGACCUCCGCAUGAUGCGGGACAUUUGCAUUCUCCGGGGCCACGAGAAGCCUAUUUCGUCCUUGACAUGGCAUCCCGUUCACAGCUCACUCGUCUCGACAGGAAGCGAGGAUGGAUCGUUAUACCACUAUCUGCUAGACGAGCCCAAUUUACCCUCGGGACAGGUUCCUACGAUCUCCCCGUACGACAGUCCUGAUCCGGCCAACACGCCGGCGCAGGUAAUUCACCCGGCUCAUCGUAUUCAACACGCACAUGGUGCGACAAUCUGGUCACUCGACUGGCAUCCGCUUGGUCACAUUCUUGCUUCUGGAUCCAAAGAUAACUUUACACGAUUUUGGUCUCGAGCACGGCCAGGAGAAACGGGUUACAUGAAGGAUAGGUUCCAUAUUGGAGAAGAGGCUGCUGAAGCCCAAGGAACUUGGAACCGCGGUUUCGGGAAGCGACAGAUGCGUGAAGAGGAAGAACAAGAGAUGCAGGACGAGGCGGAUAGCCUUGUGGACCAAAGACAGCCACCAGGUGCUCUUCCAGGAAUACAAUCGAGCGGUACCGCUCAAUCCGACGUAGCUGCCCAAGGAAUACUACCCGGCAUCGGUGCACCUCAGCCUCCGCCACAACCUAACACGGCAUCUAUGCCUCAAAUGGAUCCUGGCCGUCUGGCUGCUCUCAUGUCAAACCAACCGCCACCCCAACAGAAUUCAGGGCUUCCUGGGUUUUCCAUGCCUCCUGCUAUGCCCGGUAUGAACGUCGAUCUUGCGGAGCUGCAGAAACAGCUCAUGUCCCAGGGUGUUUCCUUGCCUCCAAACCUUCCCACGCAAGGCUUUCCUGCGAUGCCUGGAUUAAAUGCGGGAGGUCUUCCUGGUCUAGGUGGUGGUGCUAAUGGUGGAUUUGGAAGAUAA